AUGGCUUCUGCGGACGUCGCCCUCGUGCCCUCGCCGGCAUCCUUUAACGGCGCUCCUUUCCUCUCUGAGCUGCCCCAGAUGCCCAACUUGGCAGGCACCGACACCAAACGAGCCCCCCUCGACAGCUUCCGUAUCGCCAUCGCACAGCAUGUCUCCUCAUCGCUCGGGGUCGACAUCGAUGCCGCUCUCGCUGCAGUUGGAACGGGCAAAGUAGGCGACUACACUGUUGCUGUGCCUCGAUUCAGGCUUCCUGGUAAGCCACAGGAGAUCUCGGAGAAAGCCGCCGCUGCCUUCCAACCCAACGAGUUCCUCUCCAAGGUCGAGGCCAAGGGUCCCUUCCUCCACUACUUUUUGAACGACAAGACCAUGAUCAAGCUCACCCUGCAGACGGUUCACGUCAUGACUCACGGCUAUGGCGCCCCUCGUGACGACAAUGGCAACACCCAGCCAAGCUACGGUACCAACCGGGAUGGUGAGGGCAAAAACAUCAUCGUUGAGUUUUCAUCGCCCAACAUCGCUAAGCCUUUCCACGCCGGUCACUUGCGAUCAACCAUCAUUGGUGCUUUCCUCUCCAACCUGUACAAGGCCAAUGCAUGGAACGUGCAAAAGUACAACUACCUCGGCGACUGGGGCAAGCAAUUCGGUCUUCUUGCUGUCGGCUGGAAAAUGUUUGGUGACGAGCAAAAGCUGCAAGAUGAUGCUGUUAACACACUUUUCGAUGUCUAUGUACGAAUCAACCAUCUGGCCAGCGUAAAAGAGGACGGCAAGGGUGAAGCCAUUCAUGACGAGGCUCGACGAUACUUUAAGGGUAUGGAAGACGGCGAUGAAGAGUGUCUUGCUCUCUGGCAAAAAUUCCGCGACCUUUCCAUCAAGAAGUACAUCGAAGUGUACGACCGACUCAACAUUCAAUUUGAUGUCUACUCGGGAGAGUCGCAGGUCAAGAAGGAGAACAUCGCCAGGUCGCUCGAACAGCUGCGAACGUGCGAUUUUGUCACUCGCGAAGAUAAUGGUGCUACAUUGGCCGACUUGACUCAAUACAAACUCGAGAAGGCGGUGAUCGAGCGAAAAGAUGGUACUCCGCUCUAUAUCACCCGAGACAUUGCCGAAGCCGCCCAACGAUUCGACAAGUCCUUCGACGGUAACGGUUUUGACAAGAUGAUCUACGUUGUUGCCUCUCAACAGGACCUGCAUCUGGCGCAGUUCUUCAAAGUGCUUGAGCUGAUGGGCUACCCAUGGGCGCAAAAGGAGACCUCCCGUUUGCAGCAUAUCAACUUCGGCAUGAUCUUGGGCAUGUCAACGCGAAAGGGAACCGUUGUUUUCCUCGACAACAUCCUAGAUGAGACGCGAGACAAGAUGCACGAGGUCAUGAAGGCCAACGAAGCCAAAUACGCGCAAGUGGAGGACCCGGAAAGGACCGCCGAUAUCGUCGGUAUGACCGCCGUCAAGAUCCAAGAUAUGUCGUCGAAGCGUAUCAACAACUACAACUUUGACUGGAGUCGCAUGCUCAGCUUUGAAGGUGACACGGGUCCUUAUUUGCAGUACAACCACGUACGUCUCUGCUCGGUUGAGCGUAAGGCCAAGGACUCGGACGGUCUUGAGCUAGCCACCGCCGAUCUGGACUUGUCGAGCAUCAACCUGGACCUCAUCUCGGAGCCCAAGGCUAGGGACUUGGUCAUGCUCAUCGCUCAAUGGCCCGAUACCGUCAAAGCCGCGAUGAAGGACCAUCAACCAUCGACCAUCGUCACGUACGCGUUCAGGUUGACGCAUCUCAUCUCGAGCUGCUGGGAGUUUUUGUUGGUCAAAGGCCAAGAGAAGGAUUUGGCGCUGGCUCGACUAUUUGUCUUCCGUUGCUGCAAGGACGUCCUUGGUUCGGCUCUGCGUUUGCUUACCAUUACUCCAUUGGAACGUAUGUGA